CGGGAACUUUUAAGUCAAAGAAGAAAUCGCCGCUAACUGAAAAUGCACAACCCACAUGCACCUGUUCAUCUCUAAGCUAUCCUGAAGAAAUGAAUGUCUUUGAAAAACAACCGAGAGCUAUAGAUGAAAAGUUCAUACUGCUACUCUUAGAAAACUUAGCAUUGUUAUCCAAGAGCGUACCAAGUCUAUAUAAAGAUAUUAACAAUUUUUACUUAAAAUUGAAGAAAAAACAUGAAAAAGCCAUUUUAAAUGCCAGUAAAAUUCAGGGUUUGAGUCUUCUAGGUAAAAUAUAUAAUGAAGAUGGCGUCACCAAAAAGUUUGAAGAUUCCGAAACGCAAUAUGAUAUUUCUAACAUAAGUCAUUUCAAAGAAACUACAACUAAUACUAGCGUAGAAUUUCAAAGAGAAUUUCGAAUUAACAACGUAGCCAUCAGUGCGGAGCAUAUUCUUAAUAAUAAUGCUGAGCUUCAAACUGAGGAAAAGGAAGUUGUUAGUUUAAAUCCAGAUCUACUAAAAAAAUUAGCGGCCGUAUUCGAUAUAAGCAGCACGCAAACUGAUUUGAACCAAUCCAGCGUAGAGGACAUAUUAAAAAGCGAUAAAGCUGUAUCCAAUCAAAAUAAGCACAGAGAGGCAUGCACGAAAGACUGCGCGAUGAACACGACAGUCAAAUAUGUACUAUCACCCCGUAAUACAUCACAAAACAUGCGAAACUUAAAACCUAAAUCUAGAACGUUGAAAAAUAAGGAUAUAUCAAAAAUAAAUAGAAGAAAAUGGAAAGUACAACAAGAUUUUAUUAACGAAAUGGUUUUGGGUCCUUCAUAUAAGAGAUCUAAGGCGGCCCAAACGGAAACUCUUCGUCUGUGGAAAGAUUUUAAUGUUUAUCAGCUAUUUUUAAAUCAAAAAUUAAAGCCGGUCAAAUGCGUGUCGUCGUUGCAUGUCAGUCAGGAGAGUAGAAAUGAUUUAAAGACCAUUUAUAGAUGUUCCAGCGAUCCCUCGUACUCCUCUGGGCUGGUAAGUCCCACAUCUGGGCCCUUGCGUGGGCCACAAGCCGGCUUCGUGUCUGGCACCCCUGGCGGCAGGCUGGCCAGUUGGAUUAUAGAAUCGGGUGCUCCCUUGGAUACAGUGACGCGCGAGUUGGGUCAGGCUCAGCUAUCAGUGCAACAGCUGCAGCGGCUUUUGGAUGCACUGGAGUUACAGCAACAGACUCAUCAUGAUACUGACGUAUCAAUGGAUGGUGCGUCUCCAAACGUGAAAAAAGACAGACGUAAAUUCGGCUUACGAAAGAAGAAAUCAAACAGCAAGUGUGCUACCGUUGAACCAACUCAUAUUGACCCUAGCAGCUCUCAUAUGGCCCUUUCUACGUUAACAGCGCCCCCCUCUCCCGGUGGGGGGGCUUCAUCCGUCCCCAACUCGGCCGCCUCGCUGCCUAUUGCGUUUUUUUCUACGUUUCUGGCGUCUACUUUAGUUCCGUGUGCAGCCACCAGGCCUCAAUCUCUUCCAGGGGCUGAGGUUCUUAAUGCAGGUCCUACUAGUUUCACAAGCCUCACUCCGGACCACCAGCUGAGAGAAGACUUUACGGUACUCGCUAAGGACCUGGUCACAAAUCUGAAGAGCAUUGUUGCCACGCUGGUCUGCGAACGUGGUCGUCUCCGCGCAGCCAUGGAGUCAGCGGAGAGCCCGGCACCGCCAAGCGGCGUGGUUGCUGCACUCAGAACGAAUCUAUCCACGGCAUUACAGCAGAAUUCUGUAUUACGUACAGAAUUACGUUCGCGGCUCUCCCGCAUUCACGACGCUUCGGACCUGGCUGAAAUAUCGUCUAUGGGGGCGAAUUCUGAUCAUAACCAAUUCAAACACUCUCUAAGCUACAGUUCCUCUUGUGUGUCUGGAUCGGAGUUCUUUGACGCCGAAGAAUAUGACAACGGAGAGGUCAAGGAGAAUAAUCUUAUAAACGCUGAUGAGACUGGUGUCAUUGAACUGGACGGUGAUUCUUCAUCAGAGGCGGGUUCACUAAGCAGUGAAGAAGGAUCGGCCAGCUCCGAUAAUAGUGAGGCUGCCAUGGUGGCGACAGAACAAAUCGGACCCACAGAGAAUGGCGGGGAACAAUGGAGCAGAAGAAGAGUUCUUCCAGCACCACGACCCAAUCCAGGAGGUCCAUCUCUCUGGAACCUGUUAUAUAAGAACAUUGGAAAAGAUCUCAGUCAGAUAUCCAUGCCGGUUACUAUUAACGAACCGUUAAAUAUGCUGCAGCGUCUCUGCGAAGAGCUAGAGUACUCGGAACUCCUCGAUUCAGCGUCAACAUGCGACGACCCCGUGAAUCGAAUGGCUUUGGUGGCCGCGUUCGCUGUGAGUUCGUACGCCGCCAGCGCUCACAGAGCGGCGAGCAAGCCUUUUAAUCCGCUCCUAGGGGAGACCUACGAAUGCGUGCGAGAAGAUAAGGGGUUCAAGUUUUUGGCUGAGCAGGUAUCCCAUCAUCCGCCUAUAUCUGCGUGUCACGCUGUAUCCAGCCGCUGGGUAUUUUGGCAAGAGGCGCGGAUAAAAACCAAAUUUUGGGGCAAGUCCAUGGAGUUCCAGCCCGCAGGUCGAGUGCACCUCAUACUUCUGCCGACUGGAGAUCACUACACAUGGAAUAAGGUAACAACCUGUGUUCACAAUCUCUUUGGCGGACAGCGUUGGGUGGAUCAGUAUGGAGAUAUGCUUAUCACUUGUCAGGGGUCGGAUAUUAGCUGCAAACUAAAUUUUGUUAAGGCAAGUUCGUGGUCGAGUACGCGUCACGAAGUACGCGGUGCGGUUUACUCGAAGCAAACUUCACGCCUGAGAUUGCACGGCCGAUGGUCGGAAGCGUUGUAUGCUGGAGAACCACCUGCAGCGAGGUGUCUGUGGAGACCUGGUGCGAUGCCACCUGACUAUGAGUUAUACUACGGGUUUACGCGGUUCGCGAUGGAACUUAACGAAAUGGAACCAGGAUUGAAAGAUAUACUGCCGCAUACAGAUACUAGGUUUAGGCCGGAUCAGCGUGCCUUAGAAGAAGGCGACGUGGACGCCGCGGAACAGUUCAAGCACGAGUUGGAGCAAUCGCAACGGGAGAGACGAAGGGACAGACCUGAUCACGUGCCUGCCUGGUUCCGCAAAGCCACAGAGGGCGGUGAAGAGACGUGGGUGUACGGUGGGGAGUAUUGGCGUGCGCAGGCCGACGGCUACAUGCAUCUCCACACGCCGCGAUUGUGGUGACCGCUUCUGAUAUUAUAUUAUGUACCGCAGCGCGAAGUGCUGUGCUAGAGGUUGUGUCCGCUUGUCGCUUCCAGCUUUAUUCUACUUACUACUUAGCGUUACUACUUAUGACUACUAAGCCACAGACAAAAGAUAGCAAUGUUACAGAAACAGAUUGUACGUAUUUGUACGUACGCGUAUACGACGAACGAACACUAAAUUGAAUAAAGGAGUUAAAUAGGCUC